AUGACGGAGGCGUUGAGUGGCGGGGGCGACGAGGUGCCGCAUCGGCGCGCCGCCCUCUCGCUGCGCCGCACCCACCAGCGGUUUCUCCUGCGCGAACAGCAGUUCACGCAGCAGUACGCGGCGAUGUACCAGUGCAGAGAAGAGGCGCUGGGGCCGCGUGCACUUCGCGCCAUCCGCGCCAAGGCGGGCGCUGGCGUCCCUGCCGGGGUCACCGCCCCGCCGGUUGCCCGCGUGCUGAACCUCGUCCCGGGGCAACGUGCGUUGUGUGUGGGGGUGAUCUACAAGCAGAUGCGGCUGCUCCCACGCUUCCUCGACGAGUACCAAAAGGAGCUCAUCCGCAUUGAUGCUGGCGAGGAUGACGAAGGCGAGGAUGACGCCGCGGCCGCUCUCUGCGCCGCGCCUUCCCCCGUCGCUGGGGUAGAGGAGGAGCAGGGGGGUGGCGGCGACGCAACUGCCGAGGGGAGCGGGGGCCGCGGCGGGCCUGGGCAGCGGCCCCUCUCGCUCUGCACCCCGACGGACGAGGUAUACAUGGAGGACAGCAGCGGCCGCGUGCUACUCGAGGGGGUUCCGGUGGAUUUGCUUUGCACGGGACUUGUGCUGGGCGUGGACGGGACGCUGAGGGAGAACGGGCAGCUUUCGGUGCACAGCUACGCCUUUACGGAUUUGCGGGAGAUUUACGUCCCGCGGCUGCUCCCCAGCGCCGCCCCGCUUCCGCCGUGCUACGUGGGGAUUGUCUGCGGCCUGGGGCUGGGCAGCCCGCAGGCGCCGGACGCGGCAGGGGCCCUGGGCCGCACGAUGGUGGAGCUGCUCGUGGAUUACUUGUCCGGCCACGUCGGCGACGACGCGGUGGUGGCGCAGGCCUCCCGCAUUGCCCGGCUGGUGGUGGCGGGCAACAGCAUCGCCCCCACCGACGAGCUGCGGCUGAAGCGAAAGGUGAAGUUGGACCCCGCCGACCACACGCGCCUCAGCGACGACCGGCAGGAGGGCGACAGCGUCACCUCCGCGACGCUGAUGGGCGAACUCGACGCCGUCCUCGCACGCCUCGCCGACACCGUCGAGCUAGACCUGAUGCCCGGCGACCAGGACAUGACGAACGCCUUCCAGCCGCAGCAGCCGCUCCACCCGCUGCUGCUCCCCGAGGCCGCGCGCCGCUCCUCGCUGAAGCUUGUCACGAACCCCUACGAGUUCCACGCCUUUCCUGGCGAAGCCGCCGCCGCGACAACGAAAGCGGAGGGCGGCACGAUAUUUUUCGUUUGCGCCGGCAGCAACUUGAAUGACGUCAGUCGUGAGACGCGGUACCGCACCUCCCUGGACGCGAUGACCAUGCUGCUCCGCUGCGGCUGCGCCUGCCCGACGGCCCCCAACACUCUGUUCAGUUACCCCUUCAAGGUGUCCGACCCGUUUGUGUUUCCGAGUGCCCCGCACUGUUUUGUUUGCUGCGACCAGCCGGAGAUGCAGACGCGGUGGGUGCCGCUCGAGAGCUUCGACCCGGCGCGGGGCGAGAGCACAAACGAAGAGGCCCCCGAAGACGAGAGCGCGGGGGUGCGACUCAUCUGUGUGCCACCGUUCAGCCAAACAGGGACGCUGGUGCUCGUGGACGUGAACUCGCCGCGGCUGGACACGAUCGUCGUUAAUUUUGCCUCCGCCUCGCAGGUGGCGUCGUAA